GGUGGGGUCGAUCCGGUGUGAGGGUGGGGUCUGAAUCCAGACAGCAGUGUCAGUCAAAGGCUGCCAGUGAAUUGACUGCAUUGAGUCUGGCUCCGGAUUAGGAAUUGUGGGAGUUACUCGGCAGCCUCUCGCUCGCCGAGGGUUCUUCACACUGAUUCAUCCGGAGACACAAUAAAAAGCAGAGGCGGUGAACAGAGUUCGGAUUUACGCUUCUUCAUCCAGGCACCGAGAGGAAUUCACGCCCCCGUGUGGCCACAAGUCCUUCAACGUGACGCGCUGCGCCAUCGCAGUCAACCGCCAGGAGGACCAUGGAUGGAAACGUGGACAUGAGGUCAGAGCUGGAGGAGAUGCAGCGAUGCGCUGAUCAGAUCACUGAUGAGUCCCUGGAAAGCACUCGCCGUAUGCUUCAGCUGGUGGAGGAGAGCAAAGAUGCGGGGAUCAGGACCUUGGUCAUGCUGGACGAGCAAGGAGAACAACUUGACCGUGUUGAGGAAGGCAUGGACCAGAUCAACCAAGACAUGAAGGAGGCAGAGAAAAAUUUAUCAGACAUGGCAAAAUGCUGUGGCCUUUGCGUUUGCCCCUGCGCCAAGUUGAAGAACUUUGAGGCUGGAGGAGCCUACAAGAAGGUGUGGGGGAAUAACCAGGAUGGUGUGGUAGCCAGCCAGCCAGCUCGAGUGAUGGACGACCGGGAGCAGAUGGCCAUGAGUGGUGGAUACAUCCGCAGAGUCACAGAUGACGCUCGGGAGAAUGAGAUGGAGGAGAACCUGGAUCAGGUGGGCAGCAUCAUUGGUAACCUACGACACAUGGCACUUGACAUGGGCAACGAGAUCAGCUCCCAGAAUGCUCAGAUUGACAGGAUUGUCACCAAGGGUGACAUGAACAAAGCUCGUAUUGAUGAGGCCAACAAACAUGCCAACAAGAUGUUGGAGAGUGGCUGAAGGGAAAAGGAAACUUCGGCCACCCUGUCACACCGCCAAAUUCAUCCAUCAUCCAUUGCAGCAUCUACGAGGCCCGGGAGGGCAAGUCCCUGUGCAGUGAGAGGUUCAACAUCUCUGUACAUUAUAAUUUAUUUUGUAAUUUCUCAGUGUAGCAAGAUGUUCCAGUUGUGGAAGUGUAUUUUUUUAAGUGUGGAUUUGUAUUAUUGCCUGUUGAAAGAGUAAAUUGUGUAUUUAGUUUUUUAAUCUUUGUACUUGUCUGCAGUUUUCCUGUUUGAGUCUUUCUAUGUAAUAUUAUAAUAUAAAGUGUUGAUAGUCAAAUGAAAUGUGAGCUCUCUGUGUGUACGGUUGAAUCUCAAUAAACACAAGCCAGGUCCAGCGUCCCUCUCUAACCAGAGGGCUUCAAUCUCAGACUUUCAGAUCUGAGACCAGUCUCAGGUUGGAGGAGCAACACCACAUAUUCCGUCUGGGUAGCCUCCAGCCUGACGACAUGAACAUUGAUUUCUCUAACUUCUGGUAAUUUCUCAACCCCUUCUCUUUCUUUUCCAUUCCCCAUUCUGGCUCCCCUCUUACCCCUUCUCCUCACCUGCCCACCACCUCCGUUUGUUGCCUCUCCUCAUUCCCUCUCUCCCAUCGUCCUCUGUUUUCAAUUAGAUUCCUUUCUCGGCAGAGCAGCUUCGAUGGGCCACGUGGCAAAAUUCUGCUCCUAUAUCUUACGGUCUUUUUCAGCCCUUCACCUUGGUACCUGUCACAUCCCAGCUUCUCACUUCAUCCCCACACACCUCUCAGCUUCUGCUCCUUCCCCCUCCUCCCACCUUGUUCUUCUCUCUCCUUCCCCCUUCCUUUCCAGUCCUGAGGAAGGGUCUUGGCCUGAAACGUCGACUGCUUAUUUUUCUCCACAGACACUGCCAGUCCUGCUGAAUUCCUUCAGCAUUCUGUGUGUGUUGAAUGUCAGAUUUUGCCACUUAUGAUCUAUUAACCAAAUAAGCCAUGGACCUGGUUGAGAAUGAGAUGUAGCUUUCCUACUGUCACAACUCUGCAAAACUGUCUCGGUAACUGGAGUACCUCCAGCUCAAUUUGCUGGUAUUUAUCCAAUUAAAACGAUCACAGGGAAUGGUAAAAUAGUUUCAAUGCAGGAUAAGGCCAUUUGGCUUAUUGAGUGUCCAUGCCUUCUCCUUGAUUUCAACUGACCAGUCAUCCUAAUUCCAUUUCCCGUUCCCUCACCGACAUAUCUGUCCAUGGCCGCCUCCAUUGUCGGAUCAGGGCCAAACAAAAGUAGAGCAGUGCUCCCCAACCGUGUGCACCAAUACCAUCAAACAAGGUUGAGAAGCCCUGAGUUAGUGGGACUGCCUGGGCAGUCUUCAGCCUAGGUGCAUGGGUGUGGAAUUCUUAAAUUUCUAGUAAGCGCUCACUCUAUUUCCUUUUCUUCUCUCGCCUCUUGAUCCACCAGCCCUCCCCCUCCCACCCCAACCAUUACCUUAUCGUCUUCCCCUCCUCCACCCUCUCCAAUUGCCCAUCUCCCACACGCUGUUCCCAGCGGUUCCCCUCCCCAACUCCUUCCUGUUAUUCCAUUUACCUCCUCCUAUCAGAUUCCAUCAUCUUCAACCCUUUGUUAUCUCCACGUGUCACCUCCCAGUGUCUGAGAUCAUUUACCCAUCACCUCCCAGUGUCCGACAUCAUUCACACCCUCACCUGGAUCCACCCAUCGCCUCCCAGUGUCUGAGAUCACUCACACCCUCACCUGCAUCCACCCAUCGCCUCCCAGUGUCUGAAAUCAAUCACACCCUCACCUGCAUCCACCCAUCACCUCCCAGUGUCUGAGAUCAAUGACACCCUCACCUGGAUCCACCUGUCACCUCCCAGUGUCUGAGAUCACUCACACCCUCACCUGCAUCCACCCGUCACCUCCCAGUGUCUGACAUCAUUCACACCCUCACCUGGAUUCACCCAUCGCCUCCCAGUGUCUGAGAUCACUCACACCCUCACCUGCAUCCACUCGUCACCUCCCAGUGUCUGAGAUCAAUCACACCCUCACCUGGAUCCACCCGUCUCCUCCCAGUGUCCGACAUCAUUCACACCCUCACCUGGAUCCACCCGUCACCUCCCAGUGUCUGACAUCAAUCACACCCUCACCUGCAUCCACCCGUCACCUCCCAGUGUCUGACAUCAUUCACACCCUCACCUGCAUCCACCCGUCACCUCCCAGUGUCUGACGUCACUCACACCCUCACCUGCAUCCACCCAUCACCUCCCCGUAUCUGACGUCAUUCACACCCUCACCUGCAUCCACCCGUCACCUCCCAGUGUCUGACAUCACUCACACCCUCACCUGGAUCCACCCGUCACCUCCUAGUGUCUGACAUCAUUCACACCCUCACCUGGAUCCACCCGUCACCUCCCAGUGUCUGACAUCACUCACACCCUCACCUGCAUCCAUCUGUCAACUCCCAGUGUCUGACAUCAUUCACACCCUCACCUGGAUUCACCUGUCACCUCCCAGUGUCUGAGAUCAUUCACACCCUCACCUGGAUCCACCUGUCACCUCCCAGUGUCUGACAUCAUUCACACCCUCACCUGGAUUCACCCAUCACCUCCCAGUGUCUGAGAUCAAUCACACCCUCACCUGCAUCCACCCGUCACCUCGCAGUGUCCGACAUCAUUCACACCCUCACCUGGAUCCACCCGUCACCUCCCAGUGUCUGAGAUCAUUCACACCCUCACCUGGAUUCACCCAUCACCUCCCAGUGUCUGAGAUCAAUCACACCCUCACCUGCAUCCACCCGUCACCUCGCAGUGUCCGACAUCAUUCACACCCUCACCUGGAUCCACCCGUCACCUCCCAGUGUCUGAGAUCAUUCACACCCUCACCUGGAUUCACCCGUCACCUCCCAGUGUCUGAGAUCAUUCACACCCUCACCUGGAUCCACCCGUCACCUCGCAGUGUCUGACAUCAUUCACACCCUCACCUGCAUCCACCCGUCACCUCCCAGUGUCUGACAUCAUUCACACCCUCACCUGGAUCCACCCGUCACCUCCCAGUGUCUGACAUCAUUCACACCCUCACCUGCAUCCACCCGUCACCUCCCAGUGUCUGAAAUCAAUCACACCCUCACCUGGAUUCACCUGUCACCUGGUAGUUCAUGCUCCACCCCUUGCCUCCACCUUUUUAAUUCUGCCAGUCUGCCCCUUCCUUCCAGCCAGGUGAAGAGUCACAGCCUGAAGCAUCAACUCCAUAGAUACCAGCUGUAGCGCUGAGCUGCAGUGCUGUGUUCCUCCGGGAUGUCUGCCUUUGGCAGGUGCCCAAGAUUUCUACUCUGCCAUUCCAGAACUGUUUGCCUUGUGUACUCUCCCUGUUAAACCUUAGUGACUUAUGCCAUAAAUACCGUGUUGUAUUGAACAAUUCCUUGUUUGAUGCCAGAAGAUUAGUUUCUUUAGAAGAUUCCAAAAUCUGGAUCUGGGUGAAGGUUUAUCAGGAUUCAACUUCAGAGUUUGAUGUGAAAGAGAGAGCCUUUUCCCUCACUGUCCGCCCUUUGAUGAGGGAUGGGGGUUUUCUGAAUCCUUGUGUGCUUUCCAGUAAAUAAGCGACGAAAUCCAAGGCUUUUUUCUUUUGUGCUUUAUAUCCUGUAAGUCACAGAACCGCAACUCAAGACAUUCCAUCCAAAUUUUCUGCGUACCUGGGGGUGAGAGGGUAAUUGGAGCUUCUGGACAGAUGUGAUGACUUCCACUUGCUUGACUCAGCACACCCUCUCCUCUCAAAAGACACAUUCCUUUAUUACCUGGCCUCUCCCCCACUGACACUCUGUCCUAGUGCCCCCUACCUCCAGGUAAACAUCUCACUGGGAAUAAUGUGUCUUGUGCUAAUCCCAAAGAUUUAGGAGCCAAUCUUGGAUGCCUCCCUUAAGGAAAAUCCUCUUCCCUAUAUCUCCCUCUCACUAGUAUUGUUUCUGCUCUGGGUAGUGGGGAGCCGCAUGUCAGUGGGGGAGGAACACAUCCAGAGGAAAUCAAUUGACGCUGCCCCUUUAAGAAAUGUUUCCGAUAUUAGAGAACAGCAAACCAAUUCUGAGAGAUAAACGGAGCACAAAAGGCCUUCUAUGCCAAUUAACCCCUUCAGUCCCAGCCUCACCUGCAUGCAGUGGAGCAGGGCUUUGGGGAAGUGAAGGUGAAUCUUGUGUGAUAAGACGGAGAGAGAGUCUCUUUAAGUGCUUAAUGAGUUGUGGGCUGUCUUACUGCGACCCGAUAGUUUCUGCAGUGACGGAAUCUUCCCUGCGAACUCAUCGGGCUCUGAGCCCCGAACCCCAGCCCACUCACACAGCUCGCUGGCCUGGCCCGGCCCAACGUCUGCAUGCGAUGGGUGUGAAAGUUUAAAAGGCUUUCCUUGUUCUGCACCACCUCACCCACCCACCAUCUACCCAGAGUAUUGCUGCCAGUCACGUGGUGGUGAGCAGGCUGCUUGUUUCUGCUCCCCCCACACCCCCCCAGCUCCUCUUCCACCAACCAAGACCGUGUGUUUGUAGAUGGUGCAUGUCAGUGUCUGUGUCUGUCACACCCCUCUGCUGCACGUAAGCCCAGAGCCACACCACCCCUGUCUUCACUCAGCCGUGACCUGUAACGAUACCCUUGAAACUAAACUUAGAGGGAGUUUGCCUCUAAUUCUACCUUAGAAUCAGGUUUAUUAUCACUGACCAAUGUCGUGUAAUUUGUUGUUCUGUGCUAGCAGACGUAAGAAAUGAUUUUAUAAUAAAAAAAACUUCAAAAGAGGAAUGGUGAGGUAGUGUUCAUGGGUUCACAGACCCUACAGGAACCUGAAGGCAAAGGGGAAGAAGCUGUUCCUAAAAUACUGAGUGUGUGGCUUCAGGCUGCUGUACCUCCUUGGGAUGGUAGCACUGAGAAGAGAGCAUGUCCGGAUGCUGAGGGCCGUUAAUGAGGACUCUUUCUUCAUUUUAUUGUUGGUUACUAAUUAUCUCUGCCUUGUCUGUUGCUUUGCCCGCUGGCUCACACUCUCCUGUUAAGUUGUGCUGCAAACCCAAGGGUUAACAGUGCGAUUUUUUUGGACUCUGGUUAUAAUCCCAUAUGGGAGAUAGAGGGUUAAUCCUCAGAUGGAUAUUGGUUUCCACACCAGCAUCCCAAGGUACACCAAAAUGCACCUCUUCAAGUCACUUGGCAAUAGGCUGAGAUUUAGCUCCUUGUCUCCACAACACCAGAGAGAAAAAAAACAUUACGUCCAUGAAAGCUUUCAUCCCAUAAGACCAUAAGAUAUAGGAGCAGAAUUAGGCCAUUUGGCCCAUCAAGUCUGUUCUGUCAUUUCAUCAUGGCUAAUCCGUUUCCCCCUCUGCCACAAUGAUGUGCCUCCAAGUACCCUGAAGUGAGAUCUGCAUGUUGAAUUGCUUAUUGCAAUGAGAAAGAUUCACUCAGUUUAGCUUUGAGUGGCUCAGGGGAGUAAGACGCAGCAUUAUUUGACCCGUAUCAAAGGAAGAAUAUGCUGGCCCUAGAGAGGGUCCAGAGGAGUUAAAAAGUCACAGAGUGAUAGUAAAAUACAGCACGGAAACAGGCCCCUCGGCCCAUCUAGUCUGUGCUGAACUAUUUAAACUGCCUACCACUGAGGUUCACAAAAGAGAUCCCAGGAAUGAAAGACUUAACCUGUAACGCAAGGGCUCUCCACUCCUGCGAUCAUCGGACCUCUUGCUUACUGGCAUAAAAAAAAUGGGAACCCCUGCCACAAGGAGUAUUUGACGUCUCUGUGCCUGUACUCAAUCGAGUUCAGAACAAUGAGGGUGGAUUUCAUUGAAACCCACCAAAUACUGAAAGGCCUGGAUAGAGUGGGAGUAGAGAGGAUGUCUCCAUUAGUAUGAGAGUCCAGGAUCCAAGGGCACAGCUUCAGAAUAUAGAGACACCCCUUAAAAACUGUGAUGAAGAGGAAUAUCUGUCAAUUUGAGGAAUUUGUCAUAAAGCAUAGCCGAGACCAAAACAUUGGAUGUAUUUAAGGCAGAGAUUGAUAGAGUCUCUACUGGUAAAGGUGGGGGGAGGGGUUAAGGAUUAUGAGGAAAAACAGGAAAAUGGGGGUUGCAGAAGAAAUCAGAAUCAAUAAAUGACAGAGCAGAUUCAAUGGACCAGACGGCCUCACCCUGCACCUACAUCUUAUGGUCUUAUUAUUAAGAGCCUGCUACAAGUAGUAGUCACCAUGGGUGGGAUUGAAUAUAUAAAAUCAAGAAGUUGUCUUUAAUAUUGCCAGCUCUCAGAUGAGAAGGAACAGUUUAGAAAGUUGUGUAAUGCUAUCAAUCAGGGGGUUUCAAUGUGCUGUUUGUUGAAUCUCCGAUAACCACGGCUAUCAGCAGGCAACUUGGUAUCACCCCAACGAUAAAACGUCAUGGUUUAAUCUUGUAAUAAUGUCAGAAAUAUGAGAACAGGAAGAACGAUGGACAAAGUACGUACAUUGAUAUCUCUGAAAAAUUCCAAGAACAGGAAGAACCAUUGUCAUAGUACGUUGAUAACGAUGGCAAGCUUCUUCAUUAAGUUUAGUUCCCCAACAUUUUGUAAUAAAAAUGUGUGAAUUAAUUGUCUUGAUGAUAUGUAGGUUAAGUAACCAGCACUGUCAUUUCAACAAUUGCACAGGCACAGGUGAAAUGUCGAUCGUGUCUUGUUUUUGCCUGACUUGAAUGUUUCGUUAUGAACUUGUUUUGAAGACGUUACGAUGCCAUUUAUUAAAUCUGGGGUGAUGCAUGCCUUACAUUUUGUAUCAGGAAUAUGCAGCAACUUUGAUGAGCAAUGAGAAAAUUAAACCUAGUUUGUUGAAAUCCUUUUUCUGUUACCUUACUUUUGGUGCCCUCUAACUACUGUGGAAGUUUGUGGAAUUUAUUUAUUUAUAGAUACAGCAUGGACCGGGCCUUUCCAGCCCAACGAGCCACAGUGCCCUGCAACCCAUCCAUUUAACCCUUGCCUAAUCACAGGACAAUUUACAGUGACUAAUCAACCUACUAAAUGGCCUGUCUUUGGACUGGGGGA